CUGUCUAGUGGCUGGCAAUAGAUACSGUCUCAUCAGRAAACCAGGCAGCUCUUGGUCUAGAUAAGAACCAAGCACUGUUUCGUGCGCUGCCUUUUCUGAGGUCGCUUUCAACCUAAUAUCAAUCUAUAAGUACCUCUUAUUCACAUACUAUUCUUUUGAAAAGAGAAAAGAUCAAAGUUCCUAAGGAAGCUGCACCAUAAACAGUAGUGUAUAUAACUACUAAGAACAAGGUCGUCCAAGAAUACAGGACAAGGGGAGAUAAUUCAAGCCAGAAAAAAUACUUAAAAUAACAUGAGUCUGUCAGAUGCUAACUGCCGGGAGACCUGGGCACCAUACUACUUGUCAAUCACAACUGCUUCUCUGAGUGCCGUACUGUCAGCCAUCACCGUACCAGGMAAUCUMCUAAUAUGUAYAGCGAUAAUCAAGGACCCUCGCCGUGACCUGCGCACUUCGUUCAAUUACUUCGUGUUAAACUUAGCAAUCGCUGAUCUAAUUGUYGGUGCAAUCACCGAUCCAAUGAGCGUCGUGUUUCACAUCCGGGAAUCUAUGGGAUAUCAAGUACAAAGCUGGAUCUGGGUACUACAUUUAUCGUACUUUGUCUCUUGCACGGCAUCAUUGYUAAGUAUCGGUGCGUUGGCAAUUGAACGGUAUGUCAUCGUGUCUUCAAACUAUCGCCGUGGAUUCAAGCCWUCGCGRGCCAUUUUAGCGUCGGUUGGGAUCUUGAUAAUUUCUUGUAUUCUACCAACRGCGUACUUYGUUGUGGGUUUCAACAAAUUUGCUUUUAUAUUUGCAAACACUGCMAUUAUCAUCACAGUUAUWAUCAUGUGCUUUACGUUUACGCGUAUUUACCACAGUCUACACGCCAACGUCUUGCGUUUCCAGACGUCAAACAGCCACCGCGUUGCGUCGUCUGCCAUUAAACUCGAAAAACGGAUUUCACGUGGAUUUUUGUUUAUUAUUGUAUUCUUUCUUUUCUGUAGUAUCCCAGCAUGCAUUAUGAUCUACUUGGUCAACUUCUGUUCAUCGUGUAGUUGCGUUGUCAUUCACUGGGCACGUGAUYUAUUUUACCUACUAGUUGUUUUGAACUGCUCAGCAAAUCAGUUCUUGUAUGCUUGGCGCAUGCCUAAUUUUACGAAAGCGCUGAGGCAUAUACCAGCGAUUUGCGGGCUCUAYGGGAGAUCUUCRCCGAACCUGGAAUCUCGAAGUCGYUCAUUUACGGAUUCUAAUAUGAAUUAAAGAAACUUAAAACUGUAUUAAUAUGUAUUUAUAAACCUGUUUCUAACUUGUAAUUUAAACACCAAUGCACUAYAAUAAUGUUUAGAGAUCAAUGAAAUUGCUAUACUAUGGAACGUCAGGUAGAUUGUCUCAAACAACCAAACACUAGAACAUUCUAUAUUGCUAAUGGACUUCAUAGCCUAAAGAUGCUCUCGCUAUUUUCCUGUUUUAGCAAUAAAAUAUGAAGUGCUGCACUAUAUCGGGGGAAUAAAGGUCUUAUAUGAACAUGUGCGCCCAAAAAUCGAGUGAUGAACUACAUGCUUCACUUUAACAGUGCUUUGAUUCAAGCCACACGGGCUGUUUCUAUGGCUUUCUCGUUAAGCAUUCAUUUAAGGGGUUAUGUGAGUGUUAUUACUUGAAAARUUGAGCAUGGACAUUGAUUGAAUGCCUCUUGCAAAGCGUUGUCACUUCUAUUAGAGAUGGACAAUACGUAAUGGAUGAUACUGGCCAUGUACGUCAAGACAACACGAAUAAUGAAAUAUAAUGAAACCCAAUGCAAGUCUCUCYACUUACUAUCACAGAUAACACUGGAGCAUUUAUGUAUAAAAUAAGAAAAAACGGCUUCACGUGUUUCUGUCCUUUAAUAUAAACACGGUGGGAGAAGAAUAGGACGUGAGAAGCUAGCCUAACACAAACGCAAAGAGUCUUUUUGCUUCUAGAGGGCUCAUCUCCAUCCCUCAUCGUGUUUCUAUCAAAGGACAGAGCGGCAGUAUCAUAAUGUUUUUUUCUGCGUGUGUCAAACACGAGAACGCCAAACCUUGCUUUUAGUACUCCGAUAUACGAGAAAAUUAAUAAAAAUCUAUCAAUGGG